AUGGCUGAAGAUAUGGCCAAACAGAUUUCUCAAAGGGAGAAGAAGAAGUCACACAAACUUUUUAUCACCACUGAAUCCACAGAAGAUGAAGAUGAACACAUUCCUGAAACACCUGAAGUAAAACUUACAAAGGAAAGUUUGACUCCUGAGCAGACAAUGGUCAUAUCACCCAAAGAUUCGUCUGCCAAGUUAUUUCAUAAGGAGGCACGAAAUUUAGACAUCAAUGCAAAUGUAUCUCAUACGGAUGUAAAUGUCAGCAUGGGUGAUGGAGAAUCAAAGACAGCAGCUCAAGGUAAUAUUGAUUCUCUUGUUUCGUUACCUCCACAAAUCACACCAAUUACACCUUUUACUUCAACCACAGACCCACCCACAUUCGAAAAUAUAAUCAAUCAACCAUUUACUUCCAUUUUUUCUUUUCAAUCCACUGAUCCAUCCAAAACCAAUUCCCCUGGUAAAGACUCAAGUUUUAUGGAAACUGAUAUUGACAAUGAGGUUUAA